AUGGAGCAGAACUGGGGCGCGCCGCAGCAACAGGGCGUCCAGUGGCCCGCGCUCGGGCCCUACGCCGCCUACGGCGCCUAUCCUCCCAUGGCGCCGCGCGCCUACCCCAUGCUCAUGGCGCCGCCGGCGCAACAAGGCAUGCUCGCCGCGGCGCCGGCGCAACAGCUAGCUCCGCCGCCGCCGGCUGCGCCUCGGGCCGCGCCGAAAGACAUCUCCACGUGGCUCGACGAGGUCAAGCCGGGCUACGGGGAGAAGUACGCCUCGAUCUUCGAAGACCUCGGCGUCGACGACGAGGAGGACGUUAAAAACCUGCGCGACGACCUCGCGCGGGACCUGCGGGCCGCGCUCGAGAACGCCGGCGCCAAGCGCGGCCACCUGAACAACAUCGAGUCGGCGGUCAUAUCCAAGCGCGCCAACGCGGCGCCGCGGCACCUCGCGCUCCUGCCGCCGCCGCCGCCCCUCGCGGCGCCGCCGCGCGCCCUGCCCGCGCUGCUGCCGCCGCCGGCGGGUGCCCUGCCCGCCCUCCUGCCGCCACCACCAGCGGCGGGCCCGCGGCCCUCGGCGCUGCUGACGGCGUGGCUCGACGAGGUCCAGUGCCAGGGCCCCGUCCGGGAGCGCGUACUCGCCAUCGCCAACGACGUGCCCGAGCUCUUCGCAACGUCGGUCGAGGACCUCGAGCGCGAGUGCAGCGCCAGCACGCUCAAGCCGCUCUCGUGGAGCCGCUUCCGCAAGGCCUUCGUCAAGGAGAAGGCCGCCCGCGCCGCGGCCGCCAACGCAGCGCCCGCGCUGCCAGCGAACAACGCCGCGCCCGUGACGCCUGUCGCCCCGGCGACGCCCGUCGCCGCGGCCGUGGCCGCGCCCGCCGACGAGGAGGAGCUGCCGGACGCCCCGCCGCCGCAAGCUUCGGACGACGACAACGCCGCGCCGCCGCCGCCGCCGGCGGCCUCCGACGACGACGACGAGGACGCGCCGCGCCGGUCGCCGCGCCGGUCGCGGUCGCCCCGGCCGCGCCAGCCCGCCGCGCCGGCGCCGCGCCGCUCGCGGUCGCCGCGCGCGCGCCAGUCGCCGGCCGCUCCGGCGCCGCGCCGCUCGCGGUCGCCGCGCGCGCGCCAGCCGGCCGCGCAGCCGGCGGCGCCGGCGGCGCCCACGUGGCAGGGCGACUUCCGCGAGCUGCUCGCGGCGAUCCGGGGCAAGUCGCUCAUGGAGCUCCGCGGGCCGUUGACGCGCUACGGGUUCAAGUGCGGCCCGACCUAUCCUGGAAAGACGUACUACGACGUCAGCGUCCCCAUCAUCUUCCCCUGUUAUUACGACCUGGUCGGCAAGAACUACUCGCAGCACCAGGACUUCGUGCGGUCCACCGUGCAACUCACGAAGUACCUCGAGGGCGCGCUCGCGCUGGCGCGCAGCGGCGGCACGAUUCGAUUGGAGUCCGCGCGCCGCGCCGAGCUCGAGACGUUGUCGUCGGAGUCGAAGCAGCGGAGCCUCGCGAAGCUCAUGGUGCGCCGCUUCCAGCGCGAGUUGGCCGUGUCUGAAAGCUUCUGCGUUCACGCCAUCGACGCGACACCCCGCGCAGGCAAGCUCCGAAUCAGCAUCCAGGAGAAGGUCGCGGCCGCGCUCUCGGACUCGCCGCGGCUGACGCCGUCGCCCGACAAGGCCGUCGAGGCGGCCAAGGAGCACGGCUGGAAAGCGGCCGAUUUAGUCGAGGUCUUCCUCUGGGGCCAGGACGACUCGAGCGACGACGACGACGACGUCGAUCCCGACGGCCCGCGCAUUCUGGGCCUGCUCCGCCGCGGCGACCUCUGCACGCUGAAAGCCGACGACAAGGUUAUUGUUAAGGUCGUGUCGGUCGGUCGGCGCAAGGUCGACGUGACGUUCGUGAACUGGCACGAGGGCAUGACCAAGUCGGUCAAGCCCUCGGAGCUCGUGCCGAUGAACCUGGACGAGGGUCGCCAGUUGCGCCGCCGCGUCGGGCGGCUCGCCGUUGGGGCGCGCCUCGUCCGCGUUUCGUGCAUGGACGGCUUCCACGACGGCGUGGUUCGGUCCGUCGAGCAGUUCGGCUACGAGGUGUGCUUUGCGGACGGCGACGAGGGCUUCGUCUCGCUCAAGCAGGCGCACGAGGCCGCGGCUCGAGCGCUCGAGAAGAAGCGGUCGGCGGAGGGGUCCUCCUCUUCCAAGCCGGCGGCGAAGAAGCGCAGGUAG